GCUUUUUUUCUCUUUCCCUGGCCCUGCCCAGCCAGCGACAUCGAUGGUAUCAACGGAUACUGACAAUUCCUCCCUCGCUAUAUAGCAACGAUGCAUGCCCAAGUCUUUGACACGCUCGAUGGCCACCGAGGCCACUGCCCCCAUUGACAACCUGACGAGAGAGGUUCCCAAGCCCGUAUGGAACCCCGAGCCCGUCAAGGCGACCACCUACGCAUUCCCUUCGAUGGAACCCCUCCGCUUGGUCGAAUACCCUCGCAACCACCUUUUCAUGCCGCUUCGCAAAGACAUUCUGCACCGAGCAGUCAUCUACGAGGGUGACGCGACCCGGCAAGGUACCGCAAGCACUAAAUGGAGGAAGGACGUGCAUGGCAGCAACCGGAAAGUCCAUGCACAGAAGGGUACCGGUAGAGCGCGUGCCGGUGACAAGAAAUCUCCCAUUCGGAAAGGAGGAGGUGUCGCCUUCGGUCCUCAUCCCCGCGACUUCUCCACCGAUCUCCCCCGGAAGAUCUACGAUCAGGCGUGGCGGAUAGCCCUCAGUUACCGUUACAAGCGCGGCCAGCUGAUCAUCAUCGAUAACGAGAUGGCGCUUCCAGAGGAUGCCACCCCUCACUUGGUCAAGCAGAUCUUCAAAGUGAACGGCUGGGGCCGCGAAUGUGGACGGUCGACAUUGAUCACGGACCAGGUGAACGAUGGUCUCUUCGGUCUGGUGCGGGAAUUGGGCGAGCACGCCAAGAUCCUGGAUCGUGGUGACGUCGAUGUGAAGGAUCUGUUGGAGACAGGCCGUCUGGUCAUUGAGAAGCGGGCGUUAGACCGCAUCUUGGCUCACCAUUCGAAGGACUUGCAGAGCGAGGUCAAGAGGGCCUGGUAUUGAUUGCAGUUUGUUUGGCGAUAGGUUCUUGGGUGUGUUCUUUUCUUUUAUUACCGAGAUAUGGCCUCCUUUUCUUUUCUCUUUCUUUUCUUUUCCUUUGUUUGUACAAAUAGAAUUAAGCAGUGUAUGAUGGGUCCCU